AUGGAAACGUCACAAGAGCACAACUUUUUCAACCCCACGUCUAAACCAGAAGCAGAAGAUCCAAUCGUUAGACUUUCUUCGUCGUCUUCUUCUUCCUCUUCUUGUUCUUCCAUAGAAGCAGAACCAAGACCUGAUCAUAAUCUAAGAAACAAUCAAUCUCCUCCAACACAAAUGAUGGAGAGAUCUACAAACGACACCACGACUACUCCUACUACACCUCCUUACAGAAUCCCUUCACACGUUUUCGAAAAAACAACCUCAAAAGCUCCCGUUGAAUGGAGCACUCUCUCCAACGAAUCUCUCUUUAGCAUCCGCAUGGGAAACAAUAGCUUCACUGAAAUUGAUUACUUCAAAUCCGGCGAGCUCACGUUUCCUCAACCUCCUUCUCCGAGAACUCCUCAUAUGCCUCCUCCGCGCCACAACACAAACGGAGGAGAAGGAGUAGCGGAGGAGGCCAAAACUCCGGUGGAUAUAGGCAAGAAAGCAGCUGAAACUGACCAAGCGUACCGCACAAGUAAAGAUGAAGAACAAAAAGCCGCCGCAAGUAUAAGAGAAGUUAUCAUGGCUAACGAAGCUUCUAAUAAAGACAACAACAACAAAAAUAAUAAGUUAGAUCGGUCUGUUUCUCGUCGGUCUGAAGAUUUAAGCGUCAAGUCUUUCGCUUUUCAGAAAUUAGGGAAUGCAGAUAAAGGCGGAUUACAAGGCUCAACGCCACAAAAGAGGAGGACUUCGCAGCCAGAGUCGCCAAAGAGUUCGUCUGAGGCUGAUGAAGGAGAUGAAGCUCAUAAACCUCUUACUCCUAAAGCAGAAGCUGAUUGUGCAUGUAACCGCAACCCUAGAUGGUUAUCUUGCUUCCCUUGCUGCACAACUUUCUGUGUCUAA